UGUGACUAGCACUGUCAAAUUUCUAUUUCUAUUUAUUUCUGUUCCAAUUCUGUGAUAAUCAUUAAAACAUUUUAUUAUGUCGUCUGACGAUUGCCAAAUACAGAAUAUAUAUCGAUACUCUAGAAAGACGUUAAAAAAGAAUCGCAGAGCACAAGAACACGAAUUACACAGUCCAAGGGAAAAUUUGAAUGUUGAAAUGAAUGAGAGAUCUCCGAGAAGUGAUCUAAGAAACGAUGAUUUCGUGUACUCGUCUCCUGGUUGCAGUUGCGAAGUGGACCAAGAAGCAGACGCGGCUAAUAUUUUGCAUAAAAAGUGCCCUGUUAUAAAUUUAGCUCAACAGCAACUUCAAAGGCUUCUAGAUGAAACUGAUAAAUUACUUAGUGAUAAUCCAAGGUGUAGCAGGCCAUUGCAUGAUUUUCUGUACUCUUGUAAAGAGUUACUUUUGAAACAGAACAAGUAUAUACUAUUGGUAUUAAUCGCUGUAGCUUUUAUUUUUGGCAUAUUGUUGGGUGCUGCUACCUGUGGCUCGUACCUUGGACGAUAUAACAGUCCCAUUUUAACAUGUAUAGAUAACUUUUUUAUUUCGGAAACAUAUCCGAUAGGUUAUGAUAAUUUUCUUAGUAUUGUAUAAUUUUUCGCUUUGUUAAUCGUUAUUUUAAAUACCUAAAUACAUACUUUUAAGCACUUACCGCCUAAUUUAAUCUAUUAACAUGAAUUUGAAUUAUCUAAAACGGCCCUGUAGUUUUAUUUAUUUAAGGUAGUGUAACUAAUAAAUGAACACUGGAUCGCUUUUCUGUAGGUCUUACUUGUUGUCGACUGUUGGUCCAUAACUUUUGUUAUAAUUAUCAAAUAUACCUAUUUCAGAAUUUACUCAUAUUUAAAACUCCAUAGUUUCGCAUGUCUAAACUACUAUAAAAAAGUAAUUUGUUAAAAAUAUGCGAUUCUGCCUUAUAGAUGAACACUAUAUCUACUUUAAUUAUAAACAUUUUGUACCCAAUUAUUGAACUAACAUUUUGAUAGAGUUAUAUGCGUAUUUUAACCCUUAAUCAGGCCCCAUGUGCACUGG